UCCAAUAUGGCUGCCUAGACAGUAGCAUGUUAGCAAUGUCAAACGCAAAAUAGCGAGAUUCUGUUAAAACAGGCCUACUUGCUUUACGCUAACGUUCACGUAUAAGUUGCUAUGCUGUUGCCAUUACACAGAGCGUGUCUGAGGAGCCAAGCAGGCCGCAUCAGAAGUGGCGCUGCUGUGUAUGUGAAACUAUUCGGGCUUCGCGAUGCUAACGCGUGUCACUUCAGCCAGUCUGCAGGACUCUCGGCACAAACAUGCAAAGCUCUUCAGUACACAAACCACGGGGAUCCCACUCAAGUCGUCAAGCUGCAAGAUGUUGAUGUGCCUAAAGUCCGAGAAAAUGACGUUUUAGUUAAAAUCCUUGCUGCACCAGUCAAUCCCUCGGACAUAAACAUGAUCCAAGGGACUUAUGCUAUUCUACCCAGUCUUCCUGCUGUUGGCGGCAACGAAGGAGUUGCUGAGGUGACUGAGGUUGGCAGUCAGGUGAAGACACUCAAAAUAGGUGACUGGGUCAUUCCUAAAGAUGCUGGUCUUGGAACAUGGAGGACACAAGCUGUGCUUGCAGAGGACGAUCUCAUCUCUUUGCCCAAUGACAUUCCGUUGUUAGCAGCAGCUACCCUUGGGGUUAACCCUUGUACAGCCGUCAGGAUGCUCUCAGACUUUGAAGACCUCAUGCCUGGGGAUUCAGUCAUCCAAAACUCGGCCAACAGUGGAGUUGGUCAGGCUGUCAUUCAGAUUGCAGCAGCCAGAGGAAUAAAGACUAUCAACGUUGUCCGAGACAGACCAGAGUUCACGCAGCUGAGCGACAGGCUGAAGGCCAUGGGUGCCAGUCAUGUGAUCAGAGAAGAAGAACUUAGACGACCUGAAAUUAAGGAACUCUUUAAGAUUUGCCCCAAGCCCAAGCUGGCCUUGAAUGGAGUUGGAGGCAAAAGUGCAACAGAACUGCUGCGCCAUCUAAAGGUUGGAGGCUCCAUGGUGACAUACGGAGGGAUGUCCAAACAACCAGUCGCUGUCCCAGUGAGUGCUCUCAUCUUCAAGGAUGUAAAAAUUCGAGGGUUCUGGGUCACACAGUGGAAAAGAGAUCACUCUCACGAUGAAGGAGCAUUCCGGGCGAUGCUGGAUGAACUUUGCUCCCUCGUGCGUCAGGGAAAGCUAACUGCUCCUACGUGCACGGAGGUGCCGCUCCAGAAUUUCAGGAACGCUCUUGAUGCAGCCAUGCAGCCUUUUAUUUCUUCUAAACAAGUCUUGGUCAUGUCAUGAGCUUGAGUCCAAGUGCAUCACCGGCUGUGUUUUAAUGGCAUUUGAUCAGCCUUGCGAUAAAAGCAGGGAUUCUAUCAUGGGAAAAAUGCAUUUUUUUCAUGUCUUCAUACGCAUUGUAUAAUGUGUCCUGAUG